GAGAGCUGGUUUCGACCUUUGCGCGGCAUGAAAUUGUACUUUCCAAUUACUAUGCUGCUAGCAGGCGCUUAGAUAACGACCAUGGCCACGGACUUCACCCGUAUUAUCGCGAGCGGGGCUCUUUGCGUUUGCAGCACUGCCCUGUUCUUGCUGUUUUAUGCAAUCAGACCAGCAGAAAGGGAUGCUGGAAAAGAAAGGCGAUUGGCACCGCUAAAGAAAAUCCGUUUGGGGACCUUUGCGUUGUUGGUGUGCACACAAGUCGCGCACGCGUCAUGGCGAUUUAUCCGGGGCCGAUUUAUGUUGGCCGCUUACGAUGCUCAGCUAGCAGCAACGACGAUGCUGUACGCCAUCACGGUGGUGGCCAUGCUGGCCGUGUGGAGGCGACAGGCGGGAGUGUCACUUCUGCCGGUUGUACUGGCGUCCAUGGCAACGGUGGCUCUGCAGAUGGCUGCCGACACGCUGCACGACAUCACGUCCGACUUUGCAAAGGAGGACCGCAUCGUAAGCGUGUCGCUUCACACGGUGCAGCUGGGCCUGGUCCUGUUCGUGUGUAUGGCUGAGGCGCUGUACGGCCACAUGGCCUCACUGCCGCUGGGGGAGCUGGAGGAGCCGCUGUUCGACAAGACGGAGAAGGAGAAGGCCAAGGAGGAGGGCAAGCGCGCCAAGGCUGCGCAGCAGGGCCGCCUGCCCGCCUCGCGCGCGCAGCGCACCGCGCGCGCCUUCCGCUACGUGUGGCCCGAGAGCCACCCGCUGCAGCUGCGCCUGGUGGCCUGCUUCCUGCUGGUGCUGGCGGAGCGCUGCGUCAACCUGGCGGUGCCGGUGCUGUACAAGCACAUGGUGGACGACCUGGGCAGCGCGGCGGCGGCGGUGGCGGACAACAGUGGAGGCGGAGGCAGCGGGGCGGGCGGAGGCAGCGGGGGAGGCGGAGGCUGGGCAGGCUGGGCGGGCUGGGGCACGGGCGGCGCGCGCGCGGGCGCGCUGUCGGAGGCGACGCGGGCGUUGAUGCGCGCUGCGGUGGCGGCGGCGGGCGCGGGCGCUGAAGGGGAGGGCGAGGCGAACGGCAAGUUGCUGGCGGCGGCGCACGGGCUGCUCAAGGCUGUCCAGGGCGUGACGUUCUGGAGUGUGUUCUACCCCUGGGUGUUCGCCUACCUUGGCUUCUACUUCCUGCGGGGCGGCAGUGGCAUGGAGGGGCUGCUGGCCAACAUGAGGGACCUGAUCUGGAUCCCCAUCACACAGGCCGCGUUCCGGCGCAUCAGCCUGGACGUGUUCGGGCACCUGCUGGACCUGGACCACGCCUUCCACCUGCACCGCAAGACGGGGCAGAUCAUGAGGAUCCUGGACAGGGGCACCAGCAGCAUACAGGACACGGUGUCCAUCGUGCUGUUCAACGUCAUCCCGCAGCUCAUCGACAUCGUGGUGGCCUGCACCUACCUGGCCUUCAAGAUGCAGCCCUGGGCCGCCGUCAUCGUGUUCGUCACGGUGGCGUCGUACGUGCCGCUGACGGUGAUCAUCACGGAGCGUCGCGGCGUCAUCCGCAAGCGCAUGAACGCCCUGGACAACGCGCGCGAGGGCCGGGCCACAGACAUGCUGCUCAACUACGAGACAGUCAAGUACUUUUGCAAUGAGCGCUUUGAGCUGGCCGGGUAUGACAACGCCACGAGGCAGUACCAGGCCGCCGAGUACUGGCAGAUGGCGUUCCUGGCCAUGCUGUCCAUCACACAGGCCUCAGUGGUGUGGCUGGGUCUGGCCAGCGGCAUGGUGGUGUGUGUGCGCGGCGUGGUGCGCUCCAGCCUCACGGUGGGCGACGCCGUGCUGUUCGUGACCAUGAUGAACCAGCUGUACGUGCCGCUCACAUUCUUCGGGUCCUACUACAGACAGGUCCAGAAGGCACUGAUCGACAUGGAGAACAUGUUCGAGCUGCUCGACACCGUGCCCGGCGUGCAGGACCCGCCCGCGCCGCGCCGCCUGGUGGUGUCGGCGGGCCGCGUUGACUUCGACCACGUGGUCUUCGGGUACAACCCCACCGGCACGCCCGUGCUCAAGGGCGUCACGUUCGCUGUGCCGGGCGGCAAGACGCUGGCGGUUGUGGGCGCCACCGGCAGCGGCAAGUCCACCAUCCUGCGCCUGCUGCUGCGCUUCUAUGACCCGCAGUCGGGCCGCGUGCUCAUUGACGGCCAAGACAUUCGCUGGGUGACGCAGGAGUCGUUGCGGGGUGCGGUGGCGGUGGUGCCUCAGGACACGGUCAUGUUCAACGACACGGUGCUGUACAACAUCCGGUACGGCCGCACAGACGCCACAGACGAGGAGGUGCAUGAGGCUGCGGGCGUGGCGCACAUCCACAACUCCAUUGUCAGCAACUUCAAAAAGGGCUACGCCACGCGUGUGGGCGAGCGCGGCCUGCGGCUCAGCGGCGGCGAGAAGCAGCGCGUGGCCUUCGCCCGCGCCGUGCUGAAGCGGCCGGCGGUGCUGAUCCUGGAUGAGGCCACCUCCGCCCUCGACUCACUCACGGAGCUGGCCAUCCAGUCCUCGCUGCAGACGCUGCGGUCGCGCUGCACCACCGUCAUCGUGGCGCACCGCCUGUCCACCAUCAUGGACGCAGACCUCAUCCUGGUGCUGGACCGCGGCGAGGUGGCCCAGUGCGGCAGCCACAGCGAGCUGAUGGAGGAGGGCGGGCUGUACGCGGCCAUGUGGAGCAGGCAGCUGGACACGGCCGGCUACACCACGCCCGUGCUCUCCACCGGCGGCGGCCAGCUCGCGCCCGGCGGCGGCAGCGGCGGCGUCCCCGGCGGCCCGGGCGGCGGCGGCCUUACCAGCCGUGCCUCCGACCCCAGUGGCGGCGUGCCCCUGGAGCGCCACCCGCCCAUCCUGUUGGCCUCCGCCUCCGCCUCCGCCUCCAGCGCUGGCAUGGCGUCAGCAGCAGCCCCGCCGCCCUACCCGCGCAGCGCCGUGGCGGCGGCCGCAGGCGCCUACGGCCUACACGCCGCCCACCACCACGCGCCCUCGCACCUGCACCCGCACCCACACCCGCAGCCCAGCGCCUCCGCGGCGGCGCGCCUGGGGAUCGCCGUGGGCGGCGCGGCGAGCAACGGCGGCGGCGGCGCCGUAGCUGGCAUUGGCGCGGGCGCGGGCGGCAGCGCCGGCGGCCGGGGCAGCCCGGUUGCGGGCACGCCGGCCGCGGCGGGCGGCGGCGCGGCCAGCACCACCGGCCGCAUGCCGCGUGUGCCGUCGCGGCUGAUGCGCCGCGCCAUCAUGAGCGAGGAGAUGAGCGAGAGCGGCGACCACAGCGUCGACAUCAGCCGCAACCCCACACCGCGCAGGGCUCGUGUGUUGGUGGAGGACGAGGCGGAUGAGAUGCUGUAUGAGGACCGGGAGCCGGACGACCGGGAGGGAGGAGCCGACACGCCCGCAGGCGAGGCCUCGCCGGACCGGACCAAGCCCGGCGGCGGCGGCGGCUCGCGCGCGGCCUCGGGCGGCUCCGGCCCGCCGCGGGCGCGCAGCGCAGGCAGCGCAGGCAUCGACAUCGAGAGCUAUGGUGGCCGCGGCGGCGGCGGCGGCGGCCUGAAUGUGGGCCGGGGCGUGCUCGGCGGCGGCGGCAGCCCAGUGCUGCCGCCGACCAUUCCCGAGCUGGCGGCGGUGGUGACGGCAGCGGCGGCGGCAGUGGCGGCGGCGCAGCCGCAACUGGCCCAGUCGCCGUCGGGCAACGGCUCGGUCCUGUCGCACGGCCCCGUCGGCUACCACCGGUCAGCGGCCGCGCCGCAGCCGGCGGCGGCCGAGCAGGCGGCGGUGGCGGCGGCGCCGCCGCCGCCGCUGCAGUCGCGACCUCAGCUGGAGCGGCUGGGCAGUGAUGUGGGUGUGGACGAGCUGGCGAGCGUGGCGGACGGGAGGGUGGAGGCGGUGGCGCACCUGGGCGCACACACGCCGACGUCGGCAGCAGCCUCCGGCGCCGGGGACGGGACCGACGCCGCGACGGGGCUGCUGGCCGCACUGCGUGUGGGCGGUGGCGCCAGCGGCCGCGACUCGCCUGCCAGCCGGGGCAGUCCAGCUAAGGACAAGGGCAGUCCUGCCAAGACCUUCAGCCCCAACACGCCCGGCUCACCCUUGCUGCAGCCUGCGCCGCCCUCACGCGACGCCUUCGGCUCGCCGCUGCCGCCCACUGUGCUGCCCGGCGCGCGCCCGGCCGUAAGCAGCCCGCUGGCGCCGCCGCCGCAGCUGCCCUCGCCGCCGCAGCCGCCUGCCGCCGCCGCGCCCAGCACCACCAGCCCCGCGCCCAACAGCCCCGCCUUGGACAGCCCCGGCGGCUUCAGCGGCGGCGGCGGCGGUAUCCCCGGCUCCUCCGGCGGCUCCUUCAGCUCGGCGGCGGCGCGGGCGCUGCUGAUGUCGCACGAGGAGCAGGAGAAGCGGCUGGUGCUGCAGCGCGACCUGUUCCUGCGGGAGGCCCUGGGUAAGGCCGCCACCACGGCGGUGGGCGGUGCCGGCGGCGGCCAGGGCGGCAGGGGCAGCGCCGGCGCAUCUCCCUCGCACGCCAGCGGAGGUGGUGGUGGUGGGGUGGCGGCGGCGCGCGGGGGUCCUGGAAGCCCGGCGGGGUUGAAGCAGCGUGGCGGCGGCGGCGGUGGAGGAGGAGGAGGUGGUGGCAGUGGUGACGGCGGGUCGCGCGGCAGUGUCGGCGGCGCAGGUGCCUCCAGCAGCAGCGGGCAGCAGGCCAUGCCGCUGGCCGCGGACGCGGGCCCCUCGCCAGCCGGCGGCAGGGGCGCGGGCCGCUCGGCCAAUGCUGCUGCCGCGGCGGCGGCGGUGCUGACGACCGAGAGCGUGUCGUCGCCCAAGGCGUGUGACGCGGCCCGGCCCGGCACCGGCUACGACUCACCGGCGGGGCGGCGGCGCAGUCCCGACUUCUCGCCGGUGGCGGACCUGCGCAUCGCACCAGACGAUUAGGCGCAGAAGAAUGGAGCCGACCGAUACCGUAGGACAGAGGCAGACUGGAACAGGCGGAUAGGGCAGAGGCAGACUGGAACAGCGAAGCGGAGCAGGUGGCUGGAGGGGUUGUCUAGGUGAUGGGAGGUGUCUACAGGUGAUGGACAGGUUGCCGUGCAGGUGCCCGUCAUUGGGCGGUGCGGCACUCACGGUGGGGCUCAUAGCGGAGCGCCGGCCCCGUACUGUGGGGUGAAGCGUUGUGGAGGACGGCAGGGGCAGCAGUGCGGCUGAGGGUGCUCGUCUCACGUGCACGGGGUAGGUGUUGCGCAAGACGGCAGGGCAGCAGUUUGGGAGGGUGAGGGGGGUGCUAGAAGAUUGGCUGGCUCCGGCCCUCACGGCGCUGUGUAGCUUUGACCGUCGGGCAGGCAUGCAUUGGAAAGCGUCAUAAGCGCGUUGUUUGGAAUCGUAGGUAGCAUGGGCCCGGCAAAAAAGUGUACGCGUGCCGCUGCGCUCGUGUAUACCACGAACACGCUGGCCGCGACCUGGUCAGUGCGUGCGGCCUACGUGCCACGGCGCUUAUGAGGCCUGACUAGUGACUGUGCUGCGCCGCACCGGUGUGGGUGAUGUGGGCGGUGGACAGUGAAAUGGUCAGGCGGUGUGAGGCAGGGGACCUCCGUGGGGGACCCCUGGUGUGCAUUGAGCAUUGGGGG